AUAUUUUCCUCCUGCGUUCACUUUCUCUCCACUUUGGUGCCGUUCAAUAGCAGCGUGAAGGAAUCUUUCGAGUUUAGCUCUCCUUCCAAUCCUAUAAACCCUCAAUUUAAAAAGCCCUCUCUUCUUCCUGUUCUUCUUCAUUUUUUGCUUUCCUUUUCCUUUCCCCUUUUAUUUAAUACUAUUUUUCAUUCUUUCAAAAUUCAAUCCAACACUUGAGGUACAUAGUUAUCCAAUUCUUCCCAAUCUCGACCUCGAGGUUUUCUGUGCAUGUUUGUGUUUCCAUGGCUAGCUCCAGUGGCACUUACAGAGAAGGCAGCAAUAAUCACUCUGCAGCUUCGUCCUACAAUGGCAGCUCUGUGCAUGGUGAGUGGGGCGUCCCCACCUUCCAGCACCAGCAGACCAUCUCCAUGGAUUGGACCCCUGAGGAACAGACUCUUCUCGAGGAGGGUUUAUCCAAAUUUGCUACUGAGUCGAACAUUAUCCGGUAUGCGAAGAUUGCUGUGCAGUUAAAAAAUAAGACUGUGCGAGAUGUGGCGUUACGCUGCAGAUGGAUGACAAAGAAAGAAAUUAGCAAGCGAAGAAAAGACGAUUCCAAUGCAAGAAAGAUCAAAGACAGAAAGGAAAAGGUCAUCGAUUCUUCACCGAGACUUUCUCGGUUAGGCAUCCAAUCUGGUUUGUCACAAUUUCCAGGAUUCAAAUCUAAUUGCAAUGACGACGUCGUAUCAUAUAAUGUCAUUACUGGAAACACUCGGCAGCUUCUUCAGCAAAAUGCUUGGGUUUUUAAACAGAUAUCUUCGAAUCUUGCGACGCAUCAGAUACACGAAAACAUCAACCUUCUAAGCCAAGCUCGAGACAACAUCUUCAAGAUAUUAACAAACAUGAACGAGAUGGGGCCAGCCAUGAAGAAAAUGCCGCCGCUUCCUAAACUGAACGAAGAUCUCGCCAACUCCAUUCUUCCUCCCUCGGCAUUCCCAAUCCAAUGAUAUAAUGGCGCCUCUCUCGACAACUCACAGUUAUUCAGAAAUUGCCGGUGUCUGUUGGCGACAACGGGAAAAGUUGUAGUAAGUAGGCUUCAAGCAAAUCCUUAGCAAUGUUGUUGUUUCGGAAUCAACAAAAUAUUAAAAGAAGGGUGAGUGAGGAGGGAGUAGAUGGUUGCUGCAGCUAUCUUCUUCGAUAUUUUGAGUAAUGGUAAUUUGUAACAUGAUGAGAUGUGUAGAUCUCAAUCUGCUUAGUGAAUCCAUGGUAGAGUAAGCAAACAUGAGAUGGUCUUUGAUAUGAUGUAAAGAAUUUAAAUCCUCCAAAAAAAAAAAAAAAAAAAAAGAAGAAUGAAA